AUGGAAUUUCAGGAAAAGGAAUUGGAAGAUAAAUUAGCUUUAAAUCAGUUGUCAGAAGUUAUCGGUCGUUUAGAUUUAGUAGCUGGUGAUGGACAAAUUGAAAUAAUGCAAACUUCUUCUUGGUGGCAGUAUAUUUAUUUGGGGAACAAAAGCAGUUAUCAUCCCUGUAUCGAUGAUCUCGAUAAUUGGUUGAAUUUUUUCCAAAAUAUGCAAUAUAAUUGUGCAGUUAUAUUUAUCGAUAGUAAAAAUGAUUUAGUCCUUGAGAUUUUGCCUUUUGUUCGAGAAUUCAUUAGGAAAAAAGGUGAAAAGAAUGAAAAGUAA